CAGUUCUUCUCCCCAGCUCUUUUCCCUCCAUUUCAUUCGUUUCGAGCCAGCAGUCACAAUGGUCUACGCAACCUCUACCAAGCAUCCCAAGGGACUUCGUCUUCUCUCCCUCGAUGGCGGUGGCGUCCGAGGUAUCAUGGGUCUCGUCAUCCUCAGAGAGCUCAUGCUUCGCGUCCAGAAGAAAAAAGGCCUGGACAAAGUUCCCCUGCCAGCUGACUACUUCGAGCUCGCUGGCGGUACUAGCACUGGUGGUAUUAUGGGAAUCAUGCUCUUUCGUCUUCGCAUGAGUGUUGAUGACACCAUCGCUGAGUAUGACAGAAUCGCCAAGACCAUUUUUAGUCCUAAGAUCUACGGCUGGGAUAUUAGUUGGAUCCCUGGUUCGUCAUAUCUCAACAACAGCAAGGCGUUGGUUCAGGACAGUCGGUUUGAUGCUGGGUCUAUGAGCAAGGCAAUUGACGAGGUUGUUGAGAAAUUUGGACUCGACGAGAACGACAAGAAACUUAAAGGCAACGCUCCUCUUCAGCACGAAGGAGGUGCACGAAUGUUCUGCUGCACUACUGCUCAGAACAGGGCUGAGUCCAUGUUGAUGAGAACUUACAAGGACAAGACCAUCUACACCAAGUCCAAGGUCAACGAUGCACUUCUGAAGCACGGUGAUAAGCUCACCAUCAGCAUCGCAGCGCGUGCAACAUCUGCUGCCCCAACCUUCUUCCCCGAAGUGAAGUUUCCUGAGGAUAAGCCUGAGUUGGUGUUCUGGGACGGUGGCCUUCUUAACAACAACCCUAUCGACCAGCUCUGGUACACACGCUUUGAGCUAGUCGACCCCAAAGACCCUUCACCCCAAGUCUCAUGCGUCAUCAGCCUCGGCACUGGCUACGUCAGCCCAGGAAAGGCAAAGAAGUCUUGGAUCAAGGUUGUUGGAGUAGCAUCCAAGGUUAUGGACUUUGCUACCAACACCAACGCCAAAGGCAAGGACUUUUCACGCCACAUGACGCAUCUGAAUGAGCGGGAUGAGCACAAGGAUACCAAGUAUAUCCGUUUCAACCCAUUCCUGAAGGAGGAAAUUGGCCUUGAUGAGUAUUUGAGAAUGGAUGACCUCAAGGUGAUUGCGCAGAAGACCAUGGAUGACCCCAACCCGACCAACCAGUUUUGGAUCAACCAAGCUGUAGAUGCUAUUUGCGCAUAGGAUACAGACAAAUGGAACAAAAGAAUGUUAGUUUAUGUAUAAGGUAGUAUCAAGAAGCUAUUAGUUCUUCACCGUGAUGUACCAAUGGAGCAAUGGUAUGGUACAUGCAUUGACUUCACCAACCUGUGUAAUUCACUGCUGUAAAUAUUCUGUAUAGCGGGGUAGACUGGUCUGCUUUCAGGUGGCAAGAAUCAAACAGCUUUCAUGCCGUGAUUCAAUAGUCAAGAUAUUGUGCUGCAAGAG